AUGAACGAACACUGGCUGAAAAGCAUUCAGGAAGAAAAUGCACACCUUAAGAAUCAAAUCAGGCUGCUCCAGGAGAACUACGAAUUGCGUGCAAUGUUGGGUCAGCAGCGUGAGAACAGCGCACAUGGCCAGAUGGAGCCUUUCCACAUCCCUCCGGCGUAUCCUGAGGCGUGUUUGCUGGCGAAAGGAGGCCAGCAUCUUGGAAGAGCAUUUAAAAAAAUGGAACCCGAAGUUCAGCAAUUGCCCCCCCUGCUGGAGAAUUUUAAUUAUUCCCCACAUAUCAUCUCCAAAGACAACGCCGUACUGUGCAAUCCCAGUGCCCAGCCCAAACAACUCCACAACGACCUCCCCCUUUUCCAGCCUAGAAGCGGGGAAAAGAAAUUAGCGCCCUUGUCGAGUGUGUCGUGCUCGACGAUCAGCGGGAAGCAGCUCGAAGAAUUCACAGACGUCGCCGGGCUCAAGAAAUCUUUCCUUACAGACUACCCUUUGCCUGGAGGUGACAAAGCUCAGGCCUCGUCGCCCCUUAGCAUUGCUUACUACAAGACUGGAAGAUUACUUGGCUCUAAAGACAUGUCAAAUCACUGGACAGAUGAAAUGGCCUCCUCGAAUCCUAUGAGUGCUUCACACAAGGGUGAUGUCCAAACCCAGGCUGCAUUUUCAGACGACCUUGGAGUUUCCAAAAGAGAUUCCUCAUCUGGGAUUUCUGCCAGGCAGACCCGUCACGUUGUAGGUAACUCUCUGGAGUCAAGGACAGACAAAGCACAGGCUGAGUCGGCAGAGAUGCCCAGGAAGAAGCGGGUCUGGUUCUCUGACACGCCAGUCGCGGACAGACAGAAGACGGUCCAAGCGUUCUACUUAAGUGAUCUCCAGAUUGCUCAAGCCAAUAGGAAAAAUGGGCGCAUAGUGGGAGAGAUUGCCUUCCAGUUGGAUAGGCGCAUCCUGGCUCAUGUGUUUCCCGGCAUCACACGCCUCUAUGGAUUCACAGUGUCCAACAUUCCUGAGAAAAUCAAGCAGAUCUCUAUGAAGUCCCUGGAUGGUUGUGUGGAUGAGAAAAAGUACCAAAUCAUGACCAAGCGCUAUUUAGACCUGAUUGCUCACCUGGAGAAGAUGGGCUACCAAACAGAUAUCCACCCAGUCUUCAGUGAAUUUCUCAUCAACACCUAUGGCAUCCUGAAGGAAAGGCCGGACCUGAGGUCUGACCCGACACACAACAGCCCUGCCGAACUCCGCAAGAUGAUAAUCGACAUUGUGCCACCCAAGUUCCUCAGUGAUACGUUACUGCUUUUGAACUGUUUGUGCGAACUUUCGAAAGAAGACAACAAGGUCCUCUUCGCCUGGUAAUGCAAACCGUGACUCUAGCUCCCAGAUCUCUAAUAGGAAUAGAAAAUAAACAUCUAUCUGAUAAAAGCCAAUCUGCUGAGGGCACUAUGUGGGCCUGUUUGUAUCUGGGUCUUGCUGACUGAUUUAUUUUCUUCCCAGCGUUGCUUUCAUUUCAGUACUGUGUCUGUACUUCUACUGUCCCCCCCUCCCCCCCAUACUAUAGUUCUAUAUAGAAAUCAUUGUUGUCGCCACCAAGAAAGCCAU